GAUCCUGUGUCAGUAUUACAAGCUUUCUUUAACUGUCUAUGAUUACAAGCUGUACAUGGCAAGACGCUGGCGUUGAAGCAAUCGUGUAUCUUUUGCGAGAAUUUCAUGAGGAUGCAGUGUUUGACACAGAGAGCAACUGUGCCAUGUGCGCAACAACAAAACCACCCAGUCACGGACCUUCCAUCACUGACUGGAUUCAGUGUGACAGCUGUUGCUGGUGGUUCCAUGCCCAGUGCCUAGAGAUGGACACAGCAGAGCUUGAUGCUGUGAAGACAGAUGAUUGGGAUUGCUAUCUGUGUCGGAAGUAAUGCUACGUACAGUAUGAAGACCUCCUGGACCCUGCCAUCCGUACCAAGUCUGUGUGAAAUCAUGACAAGCUAAUAAUAAUAAUAACGACAGAAGAAUAUGAUCCAGCAUCUCUGCUCGAUUGAAGGAGAAGAAGGUGGUGGAACACUGGUCCUGUAGUCUAUGCUGUUUCUCCCAUCACAAGCCCCAACCCCUCUAUCCUCUGUCCUCUGUUCUGCUCAAUCUGCUGUCUCUGCCUUCUUUCUCUCUCCCUGUAUUUCACACUGUUGGCCUCGUUUUGGCAGAAAUUGCCCAGGCUAUUAUUGGAUCUCUGUGGCCUUCGGGCUAAAUAUUACUGGAUCUCUGUGGCCUUUGAGCUUAUUAGUGGAUCACUUUUUUUUACACUUUUGAUAUUUUAUUUUAAGACAAACCUCACAUAUCUCCUUUGACAUAGUCAACUCUACCUUUUUCAAAAGGUCUUCAAACUUUCAACUUUGAGAUACACCUUCAGUACACUUCUCGACAAAAUCUAGCUAAUACUUUGACACAGUCUACUGUAUACAGAUUUCGACCUCUAAAAUUGAGAUACAAUUUGACAGUUUAUAAGGACUACCAUACAACCUGCACAAACUUUGACAUUGACCUUUGAAACUGACAUCCAAGCAGGGUGUCCAUGCCUAGAAAAGGGAAGAGGUCUCAAGCUUCCAAACUGCGUUGGCAGAAGUUUGGUGAGUCUCAACACUCAACACCAGCAACAGACAGCGAGUUUGCAUCCUCACAGCAACAGAGAACUGUUACUGGUGAAGGCGAUCACCUGAACCUCUCAGACAGACUUCAGUGCUUGUCGUCAGGGGUGAGAUACGCGUUGUUGAUCAUGAGUUCAGUGUGCAUCGCUCUUUUUCAAGACCAGCAAGGAAGGUAUGGCUUUUUUGACCCACACUCUCGACGACCCGACGGCCUACCCCAUUGCCCAGACGGUAACGGUACAGCUGUCAUGUUAAUUUUCACACAUUUAAGGGAUCUAAUAAGAAAGAUCGUCACAUCUUUCAGGAUGUUAGGUGCCAGCCCCUAUGCUCCUUAUGAGCUAACACCUGUGCUUUUUCAGAGUUUGGAUGAACUCUCUACCGAUGAAAAUAUUGCACUUAUAGACACCAAUGCAGAUAUUGGUGUUUCACACAUGAGUGAUCAAGACCGUGACACUGUAUCCAGUGUAAUACAGGCUGAAAAAGACAUGACUUUUCCAUCAUUGUCAGUUACAGAGUCCACACCCUGUGCUGACAUUACAUUGAAUGCAAAUGAAUUCAUGCAUCAUAAUAGCGGUGAAGGUGCAGUGGAAUGUCCUAGAUCAGACACAACAACACGUGACGAUCAUCAUAUGCCAAAUAUAGAUUCUAAACGUACCAAAAAAAAAGAGGCAAAGUUCAAAAGAAGAGUUAGGUUAUUGGAAAAGAGAAAGGUUACACCUGGCAAAAUUGCAGAAAAAAUCAAAAGACUUAAAAAUAUCAAAGAGAGGGAAAAGUAUGCGAAUGAUAAAUUCUAUAAGAAUUUAAAAAAAUCACAGGAAAGCAAAAGUUACAGUCGAAAUGUUGAGUAUACAAACAGAAAGAUGUCCAACAUAACUACUAACUAUCAACAAAACCCUAACUUCCGGCAUAGGCAGAAAUUUUACUCAACAAAUCGUUACAGUAAAGACAUUGGCUUUAAGCAGUGGAAGAGGUUGUAUAUAAACAAUCGUUAUGCAAAUGACCCUGCGUUCAGAUCUAAACAAAAAGAAACAAUUAGACAACUUAUAGGAAACAAAUACAGAAAUAACAUUGCAUUUAGAUCUAAACAAAAAGAAACAAUGAGACAACUUAUAGGAAACAAAUACAGAAAUAACAUUAUAACAGUCACCAAAACCAAAGGGAUGAAAGGCUGA